AUGGCUACUACCAAGAAAGAAAGUGGACAAGGUGAGGUCUCCGAUAAAAUCGCACCUUGGGCAAGCGGAGAACAUUUGAGGCAUGUAGAAACAGAAGUCAUUAUCCCGAAAAUCUUAAGAGAGAAGGCAAAGGCUAAAUGUGAUGAUCUCGUGCAAGCUUUUACGCAGUGUGCAAAAGGGAGAACUGUAUCAAUUUUAUGGACUUGCCGCAAAGAGAAUCAAGCGAUGAAAGACUGUUUGACUAGCUACUACCAGGACAAAGAACUUUUUGAAGAAUGUCGACAAGAGUACCUGAAGAAAAGAGAAGAUUAUCAAAAGGACUUUGCUCAGUCUGGAAAGUCAGCAAAUCUGAUGAAAAAAGAAUCAACAAUAUAAAACAGAAUCCAAUGAUCACAAUGUGAAAAAAACUGUUACAAUGAAAAGAGCUGGAGAAGUUACACUUCUGGUUUUACCCAUAAAAUCUCCUCUCUAAUUGGUCUACAUCCCUGUGAACAAGAGGAGAGAAUUUGGUGUUAAGUUCAGAUCACAUUCUGCUCCUUAUAAGGAGAACUAACAUGAUAAGCAGAAGUUCUAUUUAAAACCAUCUGGAAGCUAAAAAGCAGAUUGAAAUUAAAGAUGGAGCUGGUGUGACAACGCACUCAAAAUAUGAGAAAGAACAUUUUAUUUUGUGUAAAUAUCUUUUACAGUUGAUUUCACUUUGAAGUUGAAUGUGAUAUUGCAGUUUAGGUGCUAACUAAUCUCAUGCAAUGGUUAUGAAAAGAAUAGUGUCAUUUUUCAAGAAUAUGGUAAACUUUCUCUAACUGCAUCUUCUCCUACUAGCCCUGUUUGAACAAACCCUGGAAAUAAGGCACAUAAGAGCAUUUGCAGUAACUUGAAUGUGUACAGCAUUAAACUUGAGUAGUAAACUAGUCAAUCUUCAAAGAAAAUAAAAACAUUAUAAAACAA